AAAACAAACACUUAGUAUUCAAAUCAAAAAUUGGAAACGCAUUUUCAGAAUAACUGAUUAAUAUAGUUUGGUGUAAAGACGUGUAUAAUAACGGUAUACUUAAAUUAAAAAAUUGAACUCUUUCUACUUGUAUGAAUAAAGUAUUAAUUUCACACUUAAGACAAUACAAAUAAAAAUGUAUUUUCCUCAACCAUUACUUUUAAUUUGUGUCCUUCUCAUCUUAGCAGAACGUAUACAUUCUCAAAGUUUAAAAGGUCCCGGAAUAUCAUCAUGUUCUUAUUCUAAUUUUCGCGAUAGUGUAUGUGAAUGGCCGCCUAUACAAGUUUCAGAAAUACCAGCAGAGUGCACAUCUUUAAAUUACCUUGUAGCUUUAAUUGAUGAAAAUUACUUUAUUGGUCCAUCAACAUCAGGUUCAGAUUAUGCAAUUUUAGACACUUUAUUGGCCAGUGAUAAGGAUGUAUAUUUAUACUACGGCCGGGAAACGACAACAGAUUGGGCUAAUGUGCUUGGUAAUGGAUGUGCAGAAGCCAAUGCAUUAAAAGAAAUGAAUUCAUUAGAAGUAUUUUUUGAGGCACAUAAGGGGAUCGAUGGUCUUAUACUUGUUGGUAUAACCUAUGAACCUAGCGACCCAGAAUUUGCAAACUUUACUGAAAAUUUUAAAAUAUAUCUUGAUGUGCUGAAAAAAAAGUUUCCAAAUCUGGCGAUUGGGUUGGAUUUAUUUGCAUCAUUCCUUAUAGAUCAGUAUAACGAUCCAAAACGCGUAUGGUUGGAUUUCAAAGUAUUAGACGUAUCUAUUGAUUUUUAUGCUGUUACUAUGGAGGAAUUUAAUCCAUGCAAUGCUGACUUCAAAACCGGAACUGUUAUAAAAUCUGCAAAAAAUAUAAUACAUACAUUGGAUAUAUUAGCAGAUGUCUUACAAAAAACGAAUAUUCCAAAAGCAAAAACAUAUUUUAAAUUUAAAACAAACCCAGAAUCACCUGAUGAUACACUGAUUCUUUGUGGUAUGAAUAAUGAAAAGUUGUGUGAAUUGCCGUCAACCGUAACAUGUGAUUGGUGUUCAGAUACCAUAGCAUCAUACAAUGAAAAGGGUAAAUUUUCGAAAGAAUAUGGCGCUGGCUUUAUUGCUCGUUAUAUUGAUUUUGAAGAUAAAAAUAAUACUUGUAAAUGUGAAAAACCAUUCUUCGCCUUUUACGCUUUGCUAGAUGGUUUUAAUGGUAUUACAUCAAAACCCUGUGAAUUAUUUGAUAAUCGUAAUUAAUAGCAUAAUUAAAAUUUUUACACCAACCACAAUUAUUAACAUGUUUAAAGACAAAUAAUUAUGAUACAUAUUAUACGUCAUUAUGACACAGUUUCGUUUUUUAACCUUUUAUUCAUUAUUCAUUAGAUAUCAAAUUAAAGUCAGAAUCUCUUCUUCUGUAUCGCACAAACAUUAUCUACUAUAGUUCAUUAAUACCUACUUUACUCGUGUUCAUCUUUUUUCAAGUACAAUAUUACACACAGUAUACUUGGUCGCCAUACAAUAUCCAUAACAGGUGUAACACACUGAUUUAAUUAUCUAUUGUAUUCUCUGAGAAGCGUCAACUACAAUGUGUAUUUUAGCCAUCUUUAGUAUUAUUGAUAUUAUAUUGUAUUUAUGAUAAUAUAAUGUUAAUUUGGUUUUAUUCGAUAAUUAUUAUUCGUUUUUUAGGACAAUUUUGGCUAUUUAUUGUCACAAACAUAAAAUUUAUAAUUAUUAAUUAGGUACUAUUUUAAAUGUUUAUUAUUAAUUAAAAAAUUAUUAUUUAUUUAUUUAAUUACUGACUUGUAAUACAUACACUUGUCGUUUAUUUUACAAAUAGCAUUAAUAUAAACAUUACAUAGAUAAAAUUUAGAAUAUUUAAUGAAAAACACAUUAUUGACAAAAUAAUUAAUAUUAAUAGUUGAUUAUAAAAUAUACAUAUAUUUGAUUUACUGAGCUAAAUAAUAACUCGAUCCGUAUGGAUUAAAUUGUAAUGCUCAUUACACAACACGAAUAAAAUUGUACUUUUAUCAACCUU